AUGGCUUUAUCAUUCCUCUGCGUGCUAUGCAUGUGGAUUAGUUUAGUGAGUCCUUCGCUGGGAACAGGGUUCGUGUAUCGCUUCCCGGGCAUCACUGUGCAGCGGCAGCGCAUCAAAUCGGAGCAGAGCGGCAACACAGGACCUCCAGGCUCUGCGUCCAGCACCCAGCUCAGGAACUGGUGUCAGUACACUGUGUCCAGAACAGUUUCCUGUCAGGUGCACAACGGGACAGAAACCUCAGUGCAGAGAGUUUUUCAGGGUUGCCGAUGGCCCGGACCCUGCUCCAAAGUCAUCAGCUACAGGACGCUGAUCCGGCCGUCCUUCAAGGUGGCCUACAAGCAGGUCAGUGCACUGGAGUGGAGAUGCUGCCCAGGAUUCGUGGGAGAGGAGUGUCGUGAGGAGUGUUUGAACUGCACCAGCUUCACUGAUAUGAACAGCAGAAUAAACACCAUAGAAUCAAAGAUCAAGUUAUUAGAAGAGGGACGUUCAUCCUUGGUGGUCACCAGUUUACCCAGGGGCCCCACAGAAAAUGAGGUGGAUACCCCACAACCAACUCCCAUUGGACCGCCGUCAUACCUUCCAUCAGGGAGUAGAGGGCCCCCUGGACCCGUCGGACCUCCAGGACUUCCAGGUUCUGCUGGACCACCUGGUCCGGCUGGGAGAACAGGCCCACCUGGACCCACAGGACCAAAGGGAGGCAGAGGUCUCCCAGGAGAAGCAGGUCUCCCCGGCCCCCCUGGUCCACCGGGUCCUCCGGGGUCAAACGCCUUUCCCAUCAGAGAGCGAGGUGACGUUUUUCAUGUGGACAAUCAAGAAGAGUUCCUCGUCAGUCCCAUUCUUCCUACUCCUGAGAUUGUAGCAGGACCUCCUGGUCCUCCUGGUCCUUCUGGUCCUCCUGGCCCUCCUGGACAGCAAGGACUUGCAGGGAUAGCAGGCCCACCAGGACUAAAUGGUAAAGAAGGUCUCCAAGGCAAGCCCGGGGAUCCUGGGGCUAAAGGAGAUCCAGGGGAAAAGGGGUCUCCAGGUGCAACAGGCCAGCAGGGUCCACCGGGAGCACCGGGGCCAAAAGGAGAGCCAGGAGAAGGCCUGAAUGAGGGUGAGGCCGUGCAGCAGCUCAGGGAGGCCCUAAAGAUCCUUGCUGAGAGAGUUCUGAUCCUGGAGCACAUGAUCGGCGUUCACGAUAACUCUGAAGGAUCUGGAUUUGGCAGCAUCUUAGACCCCCUGUCAUUCUCUGCUUUAAAGAUCAAGCGCCUCCAGCCUGUUCAGACCCCUCCUCUAAUUCCAGCACUGGGGGAGAGACAAAGAAGAGCUUCCCUCUGA